GCCCGCCCCCACCUCCCUGUCCCCUAUCAUUUUGAACGCAGAUCACACUCCUGAUGAUGAACUUGCAGCUCAGCUUCCUGCUGCCUGUUUGACCCGGGAGCACCAGCAGGCUGCCGGCCUCGCCCUCCGCUCCCUCCUCUCCUGGAAACCCCGCGGCCUCGGGGCGCGGGUGGGGGUUCGAGUGGGCCGGAACUACGGCAGGGGCGUGCGGGCCGCGGGGUCCCGCCUGGGAGCGCGCAGCGAGAGGCGCCCGGGCCGCCCAGCUUCCUGGAGCUCUGCUCCUUUGACCCCAGUGGCAGUCCCUGUCACUGCACCGCUCGCGCUCCCUCCGGCUCGCCGCGCCCUCUCUCCCUCUCCUCGCCCCCUCGCUCACUCUCUUCCCAGAUCGAGGCUUCUGCUCUGCUCUCCAGCUCCCCCCGCCCCCCGCCCCGACCCCAAGUCCCGCUGGCUUCGCGCCCCCUGCUCGCCCGGUUCGGCGGCGGGGACCUCCGGGGUCGAAGGUUCUGGCCCGCCCGCGCCCCUCGCCGCCCCCAGCGCUGCUCGCAGCCGGCCGGGCAGCUCGGCGAUGGCUAGCCCGCACACCGGGCGCUGAAGGCAUCCCCGGGACCCGGAGCGCAGCCCGGGAAAGAACGCACAGCGGUAUUGAUGCGUAGAUCCUUGGAUUCAGAGGUUGGCUGAAACGCACCAUGCCUGCUUGCAGCUUUUGCUCCGGAGAGUUGUGAAUUGCUCAUGCCUAUAGGGAGGAAGGAUGGCACAUGGGAUACCCUCUCAAGGCAAAGUUACCGUAACGGUGGAUGAGUAUAGCUCCAACCCCACCCAGGCAUUCACACACUACAACAUCAACCAGAGCAGAUUCCAGCCGCCACAUGUGCAUAUGGUCGACCCCAUCCCAUAUGACACUCCAAAACCAGCGGGCCACACGCGGUUUGUCUGCAUCUCAGACACACACUCCAGAACAGAUGGUAUCCAGAUGCCUUAUGGGGACAUCCUCCUCCACACAGGCGAUUUCACCGAGCUGGGACUGCCCUCAGAGGUUAAGAAGUUUAAUGACUGGUUAGGAAACCUGCCAUAUGAAUAUAAAAUAGUGAUUGCUGGGAAUCAUGAACUGACGUUUGAUAAGGAAUUCAUGGCAGACCUCGUCAAACAGGACUACUACCGUUUCCCCUCUGUGUCCAAAUUGAAACCAGAGGACUUUGACAAUGUUCAAUCCCUUCUGACAAACAGUAUUUACUUGCAAGAUUCGGAGGUAACAGUGAAGGGAUUCAGGAUAUACGGUGCACCUUGGACCCCGUGGUUUAAUGGAUGGGGCUUUAACCUACCCAGAGGCCAGUCUCUGCUGGACAAGUGGAACCUCAUCCCUGAGGGCAUCGACAUACUCAUGACCCACGGACCUCCUCUAGGAUUCCGAGACUGGGUUCCAAAGGAGCUUCAAAGGGUGGGCUGUGUGGAGCUGUUAAACACCGUCCAGAGGCGAGUUCGGCCCAAACUUCAUGUGUUUGGUGGGAUUCAUGAAGGGUACGGCAUCAUGACUGACGGUUACACCACGUACAUCAAUGCCUCAACCUGUACAGUCAGCUUUCAACCGACCAACCCUCCAAUUAUCUUUGACCUUCCAAACCCGCAGGGCUCCUGAAGUGUUCAAUGUCCUAUUGGAAUGUGAAGGAAGAUCUACAAACUGCCAUUUUUCUAAUUAUAAACGUACAUUCUCUGACUUGUUUAUUUACAAAUCCUGUGCGUUCCUUUUGUAAAUUGUUGGAACAGGAAAAAAAAAAAAAUGACGCUAGAGUUGUGCUUCUUCUUUAUUUUUUUUAAAUGGGGUAUCCAUUUGAAAUCAAAGGGAGCGUUGUGAAUUUGUAAAAUGACUUCUAUUUGCUCAAAGGCCACGCCAUUGUAAAUUGUUAGUGUUUGCCAAAGGACAGCCAAGCAUUCUUUUUAAAAACUGAUUAAAAAAAAAAAGUCUUAUUUGAAUAUGCUUUAAGCUGAAAGAAAAGGGAAAAAAGGAAAAAGAAAAGAAACAGGUAGGCAGUGUUUUUAGAACCACCCAGAUUUGCACAACUGUUUAUGAGUAUUGUUUGAUGUAUUUUAUUUUUUAGCAGUUUACUGUUUUCUUGGUAUUGCUUCAUUUCUUUUUCUUGCAGAUGUGGCCCUGAUUUAGAGCAAUCUCAACAGAAGUAGGCCUAGAAAAGCCUUCUCUUCCUACUCGCUAUAAAGAAGACUGUGUCCCCAAGGGGGAAAGAAAAACAGCCCUCACUCAAAGGAUGGCUUAGCUUGUGAGACCCAUAUCGUGGUUACACAAACUCUCAUUGUUUGUUUGUUUCUUUUAAAUUAUUUUAGCUUUAAAAAUAUGGAAACAGAACCUGUCAAGAGCAGAUAGUUCAUGAAGAAUUUAAAAAAAAAUGAGCGUGCAGGCUCCUUUUCAUGGGUUUAUAUAUAAAUAUUUUUUGUGUAUUAUUAUGACCAAGUUAGGAGUUUAAUAUUACCAAGGACAGUACAACUGCAGAGUGUGCUGUGUAGCAGCCCCUCAAAAGUCCGAAGGAACUGACAAAUUGUUCUCAGAACUCAAGGUCUUAAAGAGCUUGAGUUAUAUCUAGGUACAGUGACAAGUGUGUAUAGACGUCAGUGGAUGCAAUGGAAGCUAACUAAAAUAAGGCUUAGUUGUCCUUUCUAUUUAAAUGCCCUGAACUGUCUUCUUACUUCCUCUCCCCUCCCAUUUUGCACUGUGUGUUGAUGCAAUCUUCCUAGCACAAAAUAUUGUCGCUAAUAGUCCUUUCUGUUUUCCCAUUGUAAAUGCUGUUGAGCUCUAUUCUAUUUUAUGUUAUCUUAAAGUUUAGGAAAGCAGUUGUUUUCUUUAAAUUUAUUGUGAUAUUCUAUAUCUAGCGGCCUUUAUAUGCAAAUAAAAUUGCAAGAUUUUUAAA